AUGGCUUCUAUUUUGGAGUCGUAUGAAAAACAAUAUGGAAAUCUAACUAGUGAAAUUACAUCAAAACUCAACAAUAUUUCUAGACUAGCAAAUGAGGAGAGAAAGGCUGAGAUAGCCGCUACAACCCGUCUAUUCGAUGAAACUAGAGAACUUCUCGAACAGAUGGAUUUGGAAAUCCAGGAUAUGCCCGCUGACGUUAAACCUAAAUACACCACCAGAUUGCAGUGCUAUGGUCAGGAAUUAGCUCGAUUAGCUCAGGAAUUCAAACGACCACGAUACAGUGCCAACGCAGCACCAACCAGUGGUCCCCUAUCAGAACACAAUGCCCUCCGCGAGGAGUUAUUGAGUGGUAGCGGUGGCGAUUCGGGUGAUAUGCGUGUCUCUCUACUCUCCAACACAGAGCGCGUGGAACGCACUGGUCGUCGGCUCAACGAUGGCCUUCGUGUUGCCUAUGAGACUGAGGAAAUUGGUGGGCAAAUUCUGGGAGACUUGGAUCAGCAAAGAGAGACCAUUAUGCGCAGUCGAGAUCGGUUGAGGCAUGCUAAUGAAGACCUCUCUCGCAGCUCACGGAUUAUUUCAAAGAUGUACCGACGACGAUGUAUGUUAUUUGUUUGUUUUGCCACUCUACCUGAUUUCCCUCUUGGCCAUAGCGUGAUUCAGAACCGGGCUGUCCUGGCUGCAAUCGGGAUCCUCAUGAUUCUGGUCUUUUUUGGGAUAAUUUACAUGAUAUUCUUCCGUUCCUCCGGGACUCAAACCAAUCCACCCGCUAUCAUUGCACCCUCUCCACAUGCUGGAACUACCUCGAAAAAUUCUUCCACUGUCAAAUCCCCUUAA